AUGUCCGAUCCCCAGAAUCUCCAUUUCGAGACUCUCCAGCUCCACGCUGGCCACGAGCCCGACUCCGCUACCAACUCCCGCGCAGUCCCAAUCUACGCAACAACCUCAUUUACCUUCAAUGACUCCGCCCACGGCGCCCGGCUCUUCGGCCUGAAGGAGUUCGGCAACAUCUACAGUCGAAUCAUGAACCCCACCGUGGACGUCUUCGAGAAGCGCAUCGCCGCCCUGGAGGGCGGUGUCGCCGCCGUCGCCGCGUCGUCCGGCCAAGCUGCCCAGUUCAUGGCUAUCUCGGCAUUGGCACAUGCCGGUGAUAACAUCGUCUCUACGAGUAACUUGUACGGCGGUACUUAUAACCAGUUCAAGGUUAUGUUGCCGCGGUUGGGCAUUACAACCAAGUUUGUUAAUGGUGAUGAUCCGGCUGAUAUUGCUGCCGCUAUUGAUGACCGGACCAAGGCUGUUUAUGUGGAGACUAUCGGGAACCCAAGGUAUAAUGUUCCUGAUUUUGAGGCUAUUGCCAAGGUUGCGCAUGAUAGGGGUGUUCCUCUUGUGGUUGACAACACCUUCGGAGCGGGUGGAUACUUCGCUCGACCCAUUGACCACGGCGCCGACAUCGUCGUGCACAGCGCCACCAAGUGGAUUGGUGGUCAUGGCACCACGAUCGGUGGCGUGGUUAUCGACAGCGGCAAAUUCGACUGGGGCAAGAACGGCGCCCGCUUCCCCCAGUUCAUCGAACCUUCCGAGGGCUACCACGGUCUGAAGUUCUGGGAGACCUUUGGCUCCAUUGCGUUCGCCAUCCGCGUGCGCGUUGAGAUCCUGCGCGACUUGGGUUCAGCUCUGAACCCGUUCGCGGCCCAGCAACUGAUUCUCGGUCUUGAGACUUUGAGUCUGCGCUGUGAGCGUCAUGCUACGAACGCCUUGGCUCUGGCUCAGUGGCUGCAGAAGAAUGAGCAUGUUAGCUGGGUUUCGUACCCCGGUCUGGAAGAUCACCCGUUCCACAAGACGGCAAAGAAAUAUUUGACCCGUGGCUACGGUGGUGUGUUGUCUGUUGGUAUUAAGGGCGGUGCUGCUGCUGGUAGCCAGGUGGUUGAUGGCUUCAAGUUGAUCUCCAACCUUGCCAAUGUUGGCGACUCCAAGACCCUGGCUAUUCAUCCUUGGUCCACCACCCACGAGCAGCUCAGUGAAAAAGAGCGAGAGGACUCUGGUGUGACGGAAGAUGCGAUUCGUAUCUCUGUUGGUACCGAACAUAUCGACGACAUCAUCGCCGAUUUCGAGCAGUCCUUCCGCGCAUCAAAGGCUGCGGCACCUACUACCUGA